AUGUUGGAAAGGAAUGAGACUGGUGGAUCAGGGUACCACGAAUCAUUGUAUGAUGCUCUUCAGUCUUUACGAGAUAAAGAAUUUUCUACCUUUUAUGACACUCUUAAGGUUGCCAGGGUGAAUGAAGUGGAAGAGCUGUGCAAAGGCAGUCUCGAGUCUGUGUAUACAUUAUAUCCAAGUCUUUGCAGAUUACAGCUCGUUGGAGAGCUGGAAAAUAUAGGUCUGCUAUUUUCCAGACCUGCUACAACUCAACAACUGAAUGAUGUUUAUUCGAAAUGGCAGAGACAGUCCCAGCUUCUUGAGGACAGUGACUUCCGUUUCCAGGAACCUGUCAUGGCUCUGCGCGCUGUAAUUCUGGAGAUCUUGCUUGAAAAGGAGAAUGAAAGUGCCAAAAGAGAAUGUAUUAAAGACGUUCUCACCAAACAUCUUGUGGAGCUCUCUAAAUUGGCAAGAACUGCUAAUAAUACGCAGGUAACAAAUUCCAGGAGAAGUUAGUGAUGGAUGUGUAGU